AUGGACGCUCGCCUUGCGAACUUGGCCCGCGCCCGCGAUGUGUUGACAGAGCGUCGGCGGCAGCGCGCCGACGCCGCCGUGCUCGGGCCUGGCGCAGCAGCAGGCGCCUUGGUGCCAGCGGUCGUGGCGCCGCGGCCUCCCGAACUGACGCAAGAGACGUUCAGGCUACUGUGCGAGCCCAGGGCACCGUUCCAGACCUCUCCUUUGACUUGGGCGCUACACGUGGCUGGACGAUUGGUUUCGGUGGCGCCCGACGAUGACUUGGACGCCGACGUGCUCGCCAUUGUUCGCGAGCAGUGCGUCGACCCGUUGUCCACGAGGUGCAAGCUACAGUCAGGACAUGCGGCAAACGUGCCGCGAUGGAAAUUGAAUUUGUCUUUGCCUUUGAUUGCCUCGUGUGUAUCAGCUUGUGACCGCGUGGCGGUCCAUCGGUUUGUUGCUGCGAUCGCGAAGAUGCCAGUCUCCAAGCUCCUGUUCAUCGAUUCCGCCAGGUACGAUGAGACGCCAAUGCGGCUUACGACGAGAGAGCAGGAAGUCCGUCUUUUCUGGAGCAGAGCGCCUGGGAAGGCGAUGAUGCGAGCCCGCACAAGUACUCUUGCUAAAGAUACGACGGUUGGCAAGUUGUUUCAAACUGAGUCUCGGUGGGGCGUCCUCUUGGAGUUCGAUCUACCACCUGGGUCUUCUGAUAACCCAUACGUGAUGAUCAUCGGCGAGACUGUGAAUUGGAUCCAGAUCUUGAGCUCUACCACUGCAGAAUCCCUGUAUGCAGCACUUUUGACCACCGACGCCGUGACAGACGCCACCCACGCAUUUAGUAAUAAAGUUCGCCAUGCUACGACCGACAAGUAUGGUGCAAACUUAGUGGCGGAGGCUCGCAUGACCAAGCACCGCACCAACACGUCGCCGACUCCGUGGUUCGGCCUCCAUGAGCCAUGCGAUGUACAUAUUGUUUCUGCCGUGCACACCAAGACUUUUGCAUUGACCGAGGAUUUCAUUUCUGGCCUUAUCAACGUGAGCUUGUCGCUCGGUGGCGGUGACAACAUGCGGAGAUUCAGGAAAUGCUUGGCAGCCGAUAUAGACAAUAGGUUAUUGAUCAAAUUUGGUGAGCCGCCGCCAGACGCUGUCGAAUAUCGCAAAGUGAUCCUCUCGCUCUUCUUGGCCAGGGGACCUCGGGCAGCCGAGCGACGGGCCUUGCUAACCAAGUGCGUGCCAGGAGAUUGGAGAAACCUUGAUAACAUCGAGUUCUAUUGCGCCCACGGGUCUCAACCAAACAGGGGAGAUAUCGUUUAUUUGGUACAAGACGGGCUCCUUGUGGCGCUUGCUCACAGGUCUUACAGCACGUACCCGCGCCACAGGUGGACAGGUUGUGACAUCAGCACCGACGAGAUUGGAAUACUCGCAGCGUGUUCUGGCAUCCUUGGGAGGGUGUAUAAAGCGUUUCUCCAGACUUUUGCCAAGGCGAACAGGCCUGUCCGCGCCGCGGGCGAGGCUGGUGCAGCUGCAAUAUUGCCUCUGGCAGCGCCCGACACAGUCCCAGCCAUCAUGGACGCGGAUCGGCCAGUUCCCGCGCCCGCGGGCGAGGUCGGAGGCAACGCAGCCGAGGCCCCGACUGAGACGUGGCAGGAGGCGCAAGCCCGCCACAGGAGGUUAGGCGAGGCGUUCGUGGAGUCAGAGCCCCUCGGUCUACUCAUGAUUGCUCGGACGUGCAUGGAACCAUUGCGAAUAUUAUUAGCAGCACACUUCAGGCUGGCGAGUGACAAGUGGGAACGGCAGCAACGAGCGACCGAGGUGGCGAACUCCUUCAGCCACGCCGCUGGCGGUAAGCCGCGCGAGCACCGCAUCGCCAUUGCAGCAGAGAUGAAGCUAGAGGACGACCUCGACAUGCGCCUGCGUAGUUUGAUGUUUACGCCUGAACCGUGGGUACAUCUGCCGCGUGAGUGGCAAUCAGUUGCAGGUCGGUCUUUGAUCCUGCGGAUGCUCGCUCGCAUUGGGUGCGCAGUGGCUGAGCUUCUCCGACUGCCGCAUCGCCGUUUCCACAACCGACUCUUCAUGUUACUAUCGGACCCUACAUUGUACGACGUUUUCAAGCACGAGCCUCGUUGUGUCUUGGGCGAGUGGAGCUACGCCAUGCUUCAGCAAUGGGAUGAGGACUCCGACGGCGCCGAUGUGCUGAUGCAGCUCAGACUGUUGGCGCUUCUCAUCAAGAAGGACAUCAGCAAGAUUGAGACCAUGCACGCUACGAUACGCAGACUGCUGGUGGGCAUGAGUGUCCAGACGCAUUCUGUGGAGGGGCCAAUUCUCUGUUCGAAGUGGGUCUGUGACAAUGUGAGAAGGAGGCGCAUCGAGAAGACGAAGGGGAAGUUCGUGAAGCUAUCGGCGGAGUACAACGCUCUGUCGCCAGAGGCAAAGGCGUACUACGUCGAGCUUGGUCGGCUGGCCACCAUUGCGGGCAGGGGCAUGUCAGCCACAAAGUCUGCCUUCGGGGUGACGUUCGGGAAGGCUCAGAAGGCUGCGCGGCGAAAGCUGAGACGUGCCGUGGCCGAUAGAGGACGCGACCAGCUCUCGGACGAGGCAUUGGUUGCCCAGCUCUCCGCCGCUGUACUCCAAGAAAGUGCUGACGGGCCUGGUGAUUUUUUCCAGUCGGUUCAGUUGGUGCAGAGCCUUGCGCGGGCAGGCGCCCGCUCGUCUGGCGAGGCGUCUGCCAGAGAGGACGCGCGGAUCGACUGCGCGCUGGCCACGUUCACCCAGGACGUGGGCAACCGCCAGGUGGCGAAGUUUAUGGCUGCCGCCCCCGAGCUGUCGACGUUUGCGGAGGCGCUCGUGGCCAUCCCGCAUUCUCCGUGCCCCCUCUUCGACUACAACCCCGACAGCGGCCUGGUCGGUGGCAAGAUUGCGGCUUGGGCGUCCCGCCACGCCACGGACUCGAACCUCUCGUCCGCUUUGCAGAGCGAUUGGACGAUGAAGACGUGGCCGAUCUCUCCAGGCCCUGCGCACUGCGGUGGCGGAGAAGACGAUGCAGCCCACCUUCGACCUUCGAAGUGCCAGCUUGCUGCCGUGUGCUUGUGUUCGGAGGAGGGUAAGAACCUGGAUAAGUUUUGCAAGAACUUGCUCACGGCCCUGAAGCCGAUGGUUAAAGCCAAGUCGGCGGGCGACGUGUGGAUGCACAUUGGCAUGAUGUACCUGAGCCCUUACAGGCCGUCGUGGCACCUGGUCGAGAGGCGGCGCGACGGCGAGGGCCUCGUGUACGGCCCUGGCAUCCCCAUGAAGGCGACUGGGAGGUACAACGACUUCUACUCGCCGCUUGCCGACCUUGAGCUGGACCACAGAACUUGGACACUGCGCGCGUAUCAGAUUUACGAGAGCGGCCAGCCGUGCGCACACUUCAUCCCUGCCUACUUCGAGGUCGUUGACGUCGCGGGCACCGACGAGCGCCAGUAUUGGCCGAGAUUGACGCGGAGGCGGGCUGACCGACGACCAGACGACGACCCUGCUGCCCCAGGGCAUGAUGGGGAUCAUGGUGUUGGCGGCGGGCCUGGUGACGAGCUUGGCGAUGAGCAUGACCAGGGUGACGACGAGGACGGCGACGAGCCCGACAAGGACGGGCUCCACGCCUUGGACGAC